AUGGCGGGUAGCUGCUAUGAUUCUGAGGAUGCACACCUUUUCCAGCCUUUGUCUCCUCCUGAGCAUGCUGCCUUUGCGCAGCCAAGCACAAAGGACUUACAGGUGGUGAGCCUUUCCUCCAUCUCCCGUGAUACGAAUCUCGAGUCGCCGCGGGCCCCACAUUCGAUUCCCAGGUCCAGGUCCAGAUCGAGGACGGUGCCGCAGUCCUCCAUGCCCAUUGCGCAGUUCUUCCUACAGAAUGCACAGGAGCUACGCCUGGAUUCGGCCAUGGCGGAACAAUGUACUGCCCGCCUGGCAGAGGAGCUGCUCUUCAGCACCGAGGACUUAUACCUCCUCUCUGAGAAGGAAAACUUCAUGCGAUUGCCUUUGCCUAUGUAUGUCCGCCGUUGGCUCGCUGACGAACGUCAAGGGCGCUUGUUCAACCCUGAAGCCGUGGUUGAGGAGGUGGAAGAGUCACAAGGAGAUGGCAGUUACGAGUCCAAUCCUGCACGACGUGGAAGGUCAUUGUCCUUCAACUCGGAUGGUGAAGCUGCACAUGUUGUGGAGGUGACCGUGCAGGUGAACAGUGUCACUGCCAUCAACAUCAAACGCAUCCUUUUCGAUGUGGACUUCACCCUCAUGUUGGACUGGCAAGAUCCUAGCGCCAUGGGUUUGUCUGUCAAGGAGAUCGAGGCAAUGACUUCUUUCAAUCCGGAAGUUGUGAUCGACAAUGCAGUGGACAAUGAUCAGCCUCUCGCUGGUGGCUGCAGUGCUCCCAGGCCCAACCGAUUGGUGGAUGGUGUGUGCCCCGAUGGUCAUCUGAAGAAGACCAACCGCUACCGACUCUCGCUGACCUGCAACGGCCUGGAUCUGCGGGCCUUUCCCUUCGAUACUCAGAUUUUGCCGAUCCGCUUAAAGGCUCGCAAAGGCACCCUGAAGUCCACAGAGAAAGAUGCCUCAGAUGUGAUCUUGGUAGGUCCAGAAGGCCUCAACGGUCAUGAUAAGAAGCAUGGCUUGAGAAGGAUGGGCCACACAGUCAAGAUGCAAGCAGAACGAUUGGCAGACUUCAAGAUCCAGUCUUUGAUGGGUCUUCGGUCAGAACUGCCAGACCGAUGGUAUGAGGUUCGCAUCAUUGUGGAGAGAUCGCCAGGACAUGCUGUCCGUAACGUGGCAGUGCCCUGCUUGGUGAUUUUGACCUUCUCCUUCACCAUCUAUGCAAUUCCCAUGUCUGAGCUGGGAUCCAGGCUGGAGAACACGGCCACCUGUUUGCUGGCGAUGAUGGCAUUUCAGGGAGUGGUGAAUGAGAUGCUGCCUCCUGUGUCAUAUGAGACUGCCUUGGGAAGGUAUGUGACUGCAGUGUACAUCAUUCUGAUGUUCCACGGUGUUGAGCACGCACUCUUCUCCACCUUGACCUCCAAGUCAGAUUCAAUUGCGCCUCGAGAUAGGCCAAUUGACAUCUUCUUUGGCACAGUGGAAUAUUGGGAUGCCAAUAGUUCCUAUAUGCACGGGGUUGAGGCAAUUUUGGUUUGUGCAGAACUGGUGCUGAUCCUGUUCAUCCAUGUUGCGUAUGUGCUCUACCUUUUCUGGCUCCGCCGGAAGGGGAAGGCAAAGCGUCUUCGGGAAGCUCAACGUGCUGGUGUCUCACUGGUGGAUGCACGCACUGGCUUCGGAACUCGCGCAACACAGACUCGCAUCCCAACUGGCACCACCUCAGCUGCGACUCGGUCCCGCUCGAUUGGCUCAGGCCAUACAACUCCCAGUGCUGGUGCCACUUUGCUUCAAUCAUCACGGCAAUCCAAGAAGUGA